UGGGACGACCACAGCAACUACGUGGAUAACCGCGUCCUCCAACGCCCCUGGAGUCUGGGGACGCUCUGCGCCAUGUUCACAAUGGUCCGACUCAACGUGUACGAGCCUCUGGGGUGGGUGCUCAAGUAUGUUACAGUGAAGACUGUGGGGCUGGAUGCGUGGUCUGCGCCCCAAGUAGCGUGGGUUCGAAUGGUGUCAGUUGCGGUGCACUUUGCUGCUGGGUUCGUCUUGGCGAAGGCGUCUGCGGGGCUGCUGGAUGUCGACUACGUGCUGACGGAGCUGCGGGGGUCGAGAGGUAGAGCGGGGCUGGAGCUACAGAAGAGGAGGAGGAGGAGCGGCCUCCAUUUCCACGCGUGUUGCGUGAGUGCUGUGGUGUUUAUGGUUCACCCCAUCCACGUCGAGGUCGUGGGCUGGCCCAGUGCGCAGCCGUAUACGCUCGUGGCUCUAUUCAGCAGUUGGGCGCUACUCGUUCACCUGCAGAACAUUUACUACAACCUGGAGCAGCUUAUCGGCGGGAGCAUGGGCGAUAGUCUGGCGGACGAUAAGGGCGUAGUGCUGAAAGUGCUGCUCGGACGAGAUGCUACGACAAAGUUACCCUCCGUCGCGAUUUUGCUCGCGUUCGUCUCUAUUAUUGCGAUCUCGAACUCUGGAGGUUCCGUCCCAGACGUGGUCUCGCUGUCGCUCACUGACCGUGUGCUGAAAGCUCUUGCGUCGCCGAUUUGGCUGCUGCGAUGCCUGCUUUGGCCUUCAAAACUGCGUCCGCACUACCAGAUCCGGCCAGGAGAUUUGAGUUUAACAAACCCAGAGUGCUUGCUGCCGGUCAUGACUACGCUGGCAGUGUUGGCUUCGGUAUUGUGGAAAAUGUGGCAUCGUGCUGCCUCAAAGCACGUUUUUGCGCUCGUUUUCUUUGGAUUUAUGCUGCUGCCUGUAUCGGGUCUGAUUCGCCACGGGAUAAUUAGUGGGGGCGCGGAUCGCUACGCUUACCUGAGUACAAUUAUUGCCGUUCCCUACGGUGGCUACGCAGUUGCUCGU